AUGGGUCUACUCCCAUUACUUGAUGCAUCCGAUGUCUUAGUGCUACAUUGUCCAUUAUGUUCUUUUCAUACACAUUGGUUAAAUUAUUUGGAAAUUCAUUUCAAUCAUGAACAUGCAAAUGAAAGUGUGGAUUUUAUGUUAUAUCAAUGUUCAAAAUGUCGAAAAAUUGCUUCAUGUAAAACAUUCCUAAUUGAACAUAUUGAUAUAUGUCAUAAAAAUUUGGAUAAAUCUGCUACAAUUCAAUUAUUUCGAACUCAAUCACCAAAUGAUUCAUUGUCAGAUUGUAAAAUUGUUGAUUUACAACAAAGAAAUUCACCAAACAUUGAACAUUGUGACAAUAAUAACUCCGAAAUGAUUGAUCCGAAUGGAAUUAUUCAAAAUAUCAGUUGUAUACCGACGACUACUCAUUCAAUUGAUGAUAAGGAAACACAGAUUGUCGAUAAUAUUGAUCAAAAUGUAAAUGAGGAUGUUAGUAAGAGUGAUGUUAAUGAUAAUACUGAUAAUAAUAAUAAUAAUAAGACUGAUACUGAUGAAUCUACUGAUCCCAAAGCUACUACUAACACUACUACUACUGUUACUACAACCUCUAUUAAUGACAAUAAUGGUAAUGAUAUUAAUAAUACUGAAAAUAAUGAAAACGAAGAACCAAUUCUCAAUGAUGCCAAAAAUUCUCAAUCUCCAUAUAUAAAAAUUUUAUUUAUAGGUCAAUUAUGUGGUAAUAAUUCCACAUUAUCACCAUCCUCACUGUCACCUCCAUCAUCCACAUCUUCGUCUACAUUAUCGAUGCCAUCGACUACAAUGACACUAUCAACAAACAGCCAACAUACAACAUUAUCAACAUCAUUAUGUGAAAUACCAUUCAGUAAACAUACAAAGCAUUCAUCAUCAUUAUAUCAUUUACAAAAAUUACAUAAUCAUCAUUAUUUAAAUUUAAUGAAACAUCAAUGUUUAUUUUGUGAUUAUAUUAGUUCAGAUUCAAUGAAACUAUCAGAACAUUAUGUACAACAUGGAAUAAGACAAUUACAAUUAUCAUCAAAUAAUUAUAAUCUACAAAAAUUGAAAAAAUUACAUAAACUCACUGAUAAUAAUAACAAUUAUCAUUAUUUAUCAACUAAUUCAUUGCCAACUAUGAAUGAAUUAAAUAAAGUAAGUCAUUUAGACAUUUAA